UGUGCGCUGGAAAACAAGUCGAGGAACCCUGUGGUUUUCGUAGCAAACAAACAUGGACGUCCACGCACGGGCUGCGGAGUUUACGUCUAAUUGUCGCGGUUACCGUGCGCUUCGCGAAGACUGAACGGCCGCCGGCACGCACAGGAAGGAAGCCUGGUCGUGGUCGACGAAUGUGGCGAGGUUUCCGCGACGGUCAGCGUCGCUUAGGCCUAGCAGCGGAGCGAAAUGGCCGCGGCUGCGUUCUCGUCGAGCUCGGACCGACGCAGUUUUCCGCUUUCAUGAGGGAGCGGUGGGCAUAGCGGAUGGCGGCUCCGCAGCAGGGCAGAGGCGCGCCGCCGGGGAGCGCGGGUGGCUCCGGUGCCGGGCCCCGGCCCGACGUGGUGGGCCUCAACCCUUGCCUCACCUGCAAACUCUGCAAGGGGUACCUGGUGGAUGCCAUGACACUGGUGAAGUGUCUGCACUCCUUUUGCAGGUCCUGCAUUUUGAAGCACCUCAAAACUGGCCACGCGUGUCCUGUCUGUGAUCUGCGGCUUUCCAAGAUCAACGUGGAAAGCCAUCUUAUAAAGGACGACACUUUACAGAAUGUCGUGUACAAGGCUGUGCCAGGACUCUAUCAGAAGGAAAUGAAGCGGCGACGUGACUUCUAUGGUUCCAAGGGCAGCAAAGUGGACCAAGCAUCAUUAAGCCCCGAACAAAAAGGAGAACUGGAUAGCUCGAGUUCCGGUCGUAUCAUCUUCAGUCCUGAUGAAGCGGUCAGCCUCUCUUUGGAGUACAAGCCCAUUGUUGAUGUUAAGACGGAGCCCGAGGCAUCUGCACCUGGACCGAGCAGCCAAGCAUUUAAGGAGCCCGCAAAACGUUACCUCAACUGCCCAGCCGCUGUGACGAUCGCAUUACUCCAGAAGUUUCUCCGCAUGAAGUACAGCAUCAGCGCAAGAUACAAGGUGGACAUACUUUACAUGGACGACGUUCUCUGGAGUGAUUACAUGCUUAUGGAUGUUGCCUACAUCUACUCUUGGAAAAGGGACAUGCCCCUACGGCUGUUCUAUCGCGUGUUCGAGAGUGCACCGAAGCCAGCGGCACCUGUUGCGUCGACGGUCCAGGUGCCCACUUCAGCACCGAGCCUAGCGCAAAGUACGGCGCAGCAGAGUGGUAGCCUUUCAUCAUGCGUCGCUCCUGGCAUCGACGCACGAGCACCAACGUUGAGCAAAAGCGCAAGUGUGGCCCAAGAGAGCAGGGGUUGCAAAAAGGAAACCACUUCACCCGACCCCGUAGCAAAGCCUGUUGAACACUCGGCACCUGUUGUCGAGUUGCCCCCAUCAAAGCCCACCAUUGAAGCGAGCAGCACGAGCAUCGCAGAUCCGAAAGUACAAAGCAAAAUCAACACCUCGCGUCCCAAGAGAACAACCGACCCUGCAUCUGUGGCGGGCACGAGCAGAGUGAGUAGGGUGACGAAGACCACGACAACGCCGAGCGUCGCCGCGCAAGUGUGCAACGUUCAACAAGUACCUGACAUCCCGGGAACCUCCACAAGCAAAAUUUGUACCCCUGCAACGACAGCCUCAGCUGUUUCAACUUCGGAAGGACCAAGUAAGGCUGAAGCUGCGAAUCUGGGUGCUGCAAGGACAGCCUCGGCUUCUCUCAUCAAGCCUGAGAAUUCUGCCGUGCCUAGUGAAUCGGCCCCCUCAAACAGUGAGGCCAAAGCUGUUGCACCAGACGAGCCUGCGUCAUGUCCACUAGCGAAAGUACCUGCAAGCGUUGCAAAGAGUGCAGCGGUUGAGAAUGUGAACAGUCAAAAUGCAGCAGCACUGCACCCUGGCACUGUUACCCCAGCAGCACAUCAGGAUGCUGGCGGCAAACCUGACCGCGUAUGCGGGCCUACUUUGACAUUCAAAGCAAAUCCUGCUGCUGACAGCAGUUCAAGUGCUAGAACGGCAGGGUUUGUCAUGAAGUUCCAGCCCAAGGUCACAACUCCCACCUUGAAUGGCAUCGACAAAGGGCUUGCGGGUGGUUUGGUGAAAAGUGCAAUCUGUUCAAGCGACGUAACAUCUGACCAAGUAAUGAAGAAAGGCACCCUCAUUGAAGACGUAGGCACGAUAUCAACGAGUAAUGUUUUAACUAAGUCCCCACCCUCGUUAGUGGAGGACAAGAAGGUUGAGGAGAAGGCGCCUGAGACGAAACAGAUUCAGACGUGUAUCAGCCGUGCAGCACACAAGGCGGAAGAGAAGAUGAAUGCGAUAAAAGCCGCCGCGGCUUUGGUGAAGGAGAGCGGUCCAUCCGAGAAGGACUGUAAAGAAACCUCCGGAGGACUUUCGGUCACGCUGAGGCCAAACAGGAUUUCCGGGAGAAGCCAUAGCGAAGACUCUGCCGACAAACGUCCUCAGAAGACCAGUCAGGCGGACUCGUCAUCGAAAAGCGACCCACCUGCUUUGAAACCUCCUUGCCGGUCCGCCACUCCACCAUUACCUGUGAUCCCUUCGUACCUCACUUUGAGCAAGUCGCAUCCGUCGCUCUUUCACAUGUCACCGCGGAAACGAGGCCGACCUAAGCUUGCAACUGUCAACAGCCUGAACGAAGAAAUAGAGCGCGCCCACAUGAUGGCCCGUGGCGAGAUGGCCGUUGCCACCGCCACCGAGAUGCCUGUGGCGCGUGGUGAGACGACCGUCACUCCAGCUGCUGAGAAACCUAAGCCAAUCAUUCCGGUGAUCACAAGCCUCAAGAUCAAGCCCAUUCCUCCACCACCCCCGCAGCAGCCCGAAGUUGUGACGCUGCAGUCGCCAACUGCGGCGGAAGCACCAAAAGAUACCCAGCUGCGGCCGCGGUCCAAGAGCCAGGGAGACAUCUCUGAAGAGAAGUCGUCGGAUGCUGAAGACUCGAUAGGGCGCCGUAAAAGCAGACGCAAGCGCCCGCCCGCGGAGCAGCUGAAGACAAUGGUGACUCAACUGAAGGAGCUGGAUUUGGAGAAGGGACAGGUGGCAACGCAGGAGCCUCUUCAGAGCCUUCCAGGUGGCGGCACGCCGGGUCUGCCCAGGCCCGAGCAGGGACAAGAGAAGAUCACACUGCGAGUGACUCGCGACGAGAAGUGCAACCUGAAGGUGGAGAAGCAGCUGCGUCCUGCGGUCGUCUCCGAGACACUCCACGACUCGGGCUUCUGCGAAGACGUCGUCGCGGACUCGUUGGCCUCCUCUCCCGUUCCUGACCCCAAACCGAAAGGCGAGUCCGUUGCAGUGGCCGGGACUGUGCACCAGACAACAGCGCACCAGAACGUUGUCACAAGCACCACCAGCAAGGGACUCGAACACAUUGGUGCCACACGCCACCUGCAGCACGGUACGAAGAGGGACUUGCGCAAGAGCAAGAGGAAGUCUGUCGAAGAUUGGGUCAAUGAGCAGAGCAAGUGGGUCCGGACGCAUGAAGUGGAAGCUGCAACGCACCAGGGCGUCAUGCCACCCAAUACAAAGCCAUCUAGGAAUGGCGAAGAUGCUAUGGUGACUCCGGCUGCAUCUUCAGAGUCUAAAGAAACGUCCACCAAGGUACAGCGGAGAGGUCGCAAGCGAACGAAUCCUGUUAAGAUCACCAAGCCAGCACCCGUGGUCGAUGCUCAACAGGAGAAGCUUGUGAGCAGCCCCGCUCGUAUUUCGAGCUCUUCUGCCGAGUCUGCCACCCCUUCUUCUGCGUUGCCUACAGCCGACAAGGAAUCGGGCUCAGAUGCAGGGUGCAAGAGCAGCACUCAAAGUCCGAGAAACAGUGGCAGCAGAAGCAGGCAGGAGCCGGAGCACCCAAAGAAAUCCCCGGAACUUGUCAUCCCACGGUACAUUCCCAAUGCGGCUACCAGUGUGCCGUUAACAGUCACGCACGCCCGGAACAAGCGCUUAAGAGAAUCUAGACAGGAAGCGACGGCCGCCUCCGGCCUCGACCUCUCGUCUUCCCGUUCCACUUCAGGCGCAGCGGGCGAGUCGCCCGAGAAGGAUUCCGAGAAGAGCAAAUUCUUCAAGGAAGCACUAAAUCUUUCGAUGAAGGAAGCUGAGGUGCCCGCUGCGUCUUGCAAGGACACCUGCGCGGCAAGCAUACUACCACCAAAGCACCCGGAAGAGAUUACAGGAGCACCGACUCAGAACUCUCACAAUGCACUGCCACCAGCAUCAGUUGUUGAAAGCAAAACGGUCACAAAAUCUCCUGAGCAGUCGUCUCCAAAUCACGGAACUACAUCGCAGUUAAGCAUCAUUCAUCAAGUUGUUGAAAAGAUAGCAUCUCGGAACUCUUGUAAGGUGCAGAAGGUUCAACAAGACGUUGUCAACAAAGGCAAAGCAGCUCCAAAAGGAGAGAAUCAAACAAACAGUCAUGAUGGAAAGUGCAAUCCACGGCAAGGCGUGUUGCAAACUUCGCUAAGCCACUCCCCAAGCCAGCCAGGCUCUUUAGAUAAUAGGCAAGAUGCCAGAUCUGCAAAAAAUGAUGCGCUGGCACCGUCUUUGGACUGCAGCUUUUGGAGCAAAGGCAGGUUCUUGCACCGUCGCAGGUCAGAGGUGCAGCCAUCAAACCAGUCGCCAAAGUCGACACAAGCACAAACUUUAGACAGUGCGUCACCGAGCAGUACGGUUGGGUCGGAGAUUUUGCCGCGGAUAAAUGAGACGGGCGUUUUUCGCCUGGAGUUCCCAGCCGCGGAACUUUCUGUUCCAUCCGAGUCGAGAAGUCCCAAGGAAAAGUCUUCCUUCACUCCGUCAAGCAACUCCACAGAACAACUCCAGAGUCAUGGCACCUCGUCGUUUGUAGGAAAAGAAAUGUCUGAAAGUGUUCGGAACAUAGUGCUUGUUCAGGAGAGCAUGAUGGAGCUUCGACAGGGGUUGUCGCGAGCAGGAUCUUGCGGCUUAAUCGAGGCCAGGGCAAAGGACAACACUUUGGCAGCCGAGAAGUUGUCCCGUACGAGCCCCAUUCCUUCUAAAGCAAAAAGCCCUGGGCUAGAAAACUGUCCGACUCUAAGCAUCAAGAAAGAGCUUUCAAGCAGCAGGAACAAUGUCUUCGGUUCGCCCAGCACGCAUUCCAGGCCACAGCCGACCAUACAGUUUCCAGUAGGUGACGUGAAGAGUCCACGGGAAAUCUGUGUCGGUGCAUCUGCUGCUACAUCUGCAAGCGAAGUCUUCUCUGGGAGCUCCAAAUCUUGCGUACGAUCAAAAUCCGCUGAACUGUUAAUGAAGUCGUCACCACCAGCAAAUCGCUUGUCGCCAAUAUUUGGGGGCAUGCCGAUUCUGAAAAUGCCUGUAGGAGCCGUCAUGAUGGAACAAGAAAAAUUUGACCCUUCGAAAUUACGUAGUGGCCACGUGAGGAGUGCACGAAGUCCUGUCAGGUCUCCCCUUGGAUCAGAAAUUAAAGGCCCAAGUCCGACAGGCCACGGCAGUAUUAGCAGUUCUGCCUUGCAGAAUGCACCGAGCCCCGUCAAAUCCCCAGUGCCGUCGGAAGUCAAAAGUGCAAAUCCAACAGGCCAUAAUCCGGCGAGCCCUUGCGGUGUCUCUACCGUACAAAGUACACCAAGGCCUGCAAGGUCUCCCGUGUCUUUAGAUGUAAGGGGGGCUAAACCAACGAGCCACUGCGUCGCUGGCGGUUCUGUCAGCACGGCGGAUGUAAAAGUUGGCAAACUUGAGCAAGAGAGGGGCUUGUGGCGGCCCAUAGACAUCUGCACAUCAAGGCAGCUAACGGAAGCUGCCCUUAAAAAAAUAGCAGCCAACAAGAGCAUCUCCAUAGGGCAAGUGAAAGACACGAGGUCGCAGGUACCAUGUAGAAACCGGCAGGGAGUCGCGCUGGACAUUCCACAGGCGCCUCGGUCUCUGUCGAUCAGCAUCGUCACAUGCAAUGCAGGAGUGAAGGGAGGUUACUUCCAGCCAGCAAACCAGAUGGUACAGGCCUCACAGCCCCUCGAAUGUUUAAGCAUGUCUCGUCAGUUGAGCAUUGGCAACAGCAAGCAGGCAGAUUUCCUCGUGAAAGAAGUUCGGCCACCACCGCAUUGCCCGGACACCAGCGUAGGCGACAAGUUCCUUGGCUGCAGCACACUGUUAUCACGCACACGUCCAGAGUUGUCCGUAACGUCCAGGAGCAAUUUAAAAAGUGGCAUUCACAUCCCUGCUUCUCUGAGUGUCUAUACAAGCACGCAACAGAAGAGCUGCUUAUCACCUCCCCUCUGCAAGUCAAUGACGCGGACUCCUCCGUCAGAGGAGCAGCUAUCACCCCGGCUGAACGUGGAGUUGGAGCAACCGCGUGUUUCCCCAAGACCUUCAGACAGGGUGCAGCGACGUGUGUUGGCCAAGGACGUUUGCCAGCCAGAAGGGCAUGGAAUCAGUUCCUCCAACGAAGUUCAGGCGAGCAAACCUAGUGCCUGCAGGGAGUCCGGUAUGCCCAGCCCCAGAGCGAGUGAAAAUAUGUACAGGACAACGGUGGCUGAAAUCGACCUCUUCACAACGCUCAGCAUCAUCGAGACCAUGAAAGGGAGGGCGACUGUGCAUGACAUCAUAGAUGAAUACAUCACCAACAUUGGCAGCUUUUUCUGCAUUAUGGAGUCACUUCCCGCGGAAGGCAGGCGUGCCGCGGAAGUCAUGUGUUCCCUGAAGGAGAAGGGUCUGCUGAAGGUCACAGCACUGCUCAAGAAGGUCACCACCAACUUGUCCUCUAAUCAGCUAUCGCGCGCGCUUGCCGUCGAGGCUUUAGUGCAGAGGUGCUUGCAGCGAUGUCGCCGCGGCCAUCUUGGAAACUCAUCUGCAACGUCGACAUCGGAAGAAGUCGUCACGUCAUCUGAAUGGGACACCUCAAGCAUGGGCUCUGCAUUACGUGAUCAGAAUGUUGUAGAUGUGAAGGAUGAACCGCCUGCAGUUGCUGUUCUGGAACUGGAUUUCGAAUUCGCCAUCGUUCCCAUCCUCGAGGUGCACUUCAGGCAUGCAGAGCUGAAAAGGAAAGCUCUGAAGCGCCUGAAGCAUGGCUUGAGGCUUAGGGACUUGGUAGGGCUGAGGAGCAAGCAUGUGUCAUCGGUAACUCUGCCCGACCAAGUGGGACCCUGCACGAGGUUUCUUCCUAGGAGAUCCGGAGGCUGCUUUUCCAAUUUUUCAGCACUUGGGCGGGUUCAAAAGCGCAGUCACCUGCCACAGCCAACCACUUCUCUUGACCAGUCAACCAAGAGCCUGGCCAGGUUUCUUCCUAUACCAAGUCGUGGGCUUCCUCAAAGGACUGUGAUUGUGGAUGCGCUUUCUUCGUUGUUGACUGGACACUCGCCCAAUCUAGUCAACCGCAGAGUUCCCAGGAAUGGACAGUGUUGUUCUCUCGUGUCAGCACAGUCUGUGACAACGGCUACAGAGGCUUCGUCAUCGGCAGUGCUAGCCUACCGAGAGCCUGGCACCGUCCGGAAUGUUGAUAACAUAUUGUCUGUGUUAUCUCAGUUGUUGUCUGGCCGACCGGACUGUGUCUCAUCAUACGUGCCCCAAGUGGUCUCACAUUUCGAUAGUGGUAGGCUCGUUCCUUCCACUCAUCAUCGGCAGUUAAAUGACAGGCAGCACGCAUCAUGCAACCUGCUACUUGUCGAAGCCACCGCUGAAAGUUCACUAGUCAUCUCAUCGCCGCAGUCAAAUAGUAAGCUUGUGAUUGGGCCCGAUUUCGACAGGCAGCUGCUGUCGAGGUUGCUCGACAGACUGAAGUUUAUGAUACCAAAGACGCAAGGCGCCGGUUCCUGGUUGAACAGCGUCGUGCACAGGGCGGCGGUGGGCGGCCACAAAAGUAGACGCAUGCUGACGAACUGCAUUGACGCACAUGACGAAAGAUGGCCCGCGAUGGAGGCACUUGGGGCCUCUUCCUGCAAGGCCAUCCCAUCGGUCAAACCAGAGCUCGUGGCCAGGCCGGAGCUGUUAACCAGGCCGGAGCUAUUAGCCAAGUCACAGCUGUUGGUAAAGCCUACGGUCGCAGUGUCCAGGGGGCUUCUUCAGAAGCGAGGAGCACUGACUACUGGCAUCUGUGAGGUCUCCCCUGUACAGAAGAGAAGGCGCUUAGCUGGCGUCACCGUGCCCGGUGUCACAGAGGUGUGCUCUGCUACUGCGCAGCGGCAACGCAUUGUCAAUUCAUGCUUGCCAAGAAAGGAAGUAGUGGAAGUCGUUCCUACAGACUGCGUAGUUGUGCUGCACAGGUUGGAGCUGCGUGACGUCGAGGAAACGUUGCUUAAAAGGAAGAGGUGUAGGAGCGGCGGCAGCGCCCAGCCCAAGAAGAAACCAAAGUUGUCUCUGUUUCCAAAAGCCCCGUCGGGUGUCCAGAGGUAGUGACGGCUGCUGCUGCUGCUUAUCACCUGUGAAAAUGUGUUCUACCGUUUGUUUUUCCGCCUCCCCCAACGUCCCCCACAUGUGUCGAUUGUUUGUCUCUGUUGUAAAGAGAGUCUUUCCCCUCUGUGCACCUGUUUUAUCGCAAGUGCGGUUUAUUUUUCCCUGCAAUUUGUUCUAUCCCAGUGAGAGGCAUUGGACGUUGUUUAGCCGUAUAGCACACACACAACUGAUUUGUAGCUUAUUUAUGCAAGGAACUGUUUUCUUCCUUUGUUGUAAACGUGUAAUAUAAUUGUUUCCUUCGUGGCAAGGAGACGAUGUAUAUAGUGUACGAUAAAUAAAUUUUGUAUAAUUUAAGCAACCUA